GCAGGAAGAGCGCUCGAGUCGUGAGAUCUGUCAAGUUCGGGCACGUCAGGCAACUCUUCGAAACCUACGGCUGCCACACACCGUCCCUUUCCAUCACCAAAAAUACUGCUCCCGCGUCUUUGGAGCCGGCUUUGGGUUUGCGGCGAAGUCAGGAUACAUUUGCGGACGUUGCUGCCGCCUUUGAGGAAGAGUCAACCGCUCCAAACACUCCGGAAAUACAGAGCAGAGGGCAUCGGUGUGAGGAUGGCUGCGUACAAGCUGGUCCUGAUCCGCCAUGGAGAGAGCUGCUGGAACCAGGAGAACCGCUUCUGCGGCUGGUUCGACGCGGACCUGAGCGAGACCGGGGAGCAGGAGGCGAGGAGAGGAGGACAGGCGCUGAAAGAUGCUGGCUAUGAAUUCGAUAUUUGCUACACCUCGGUCCUUAAGAGGGCCAUCCGCACCCUGUGGUUUGUUCUGGACGGCAUCGAUCAGAUGUGGCUGCCCGUCCACCGGACCUGGCGCCUCAAUGAGCGCCACUAUGGUGGCCUGACUGGGCUGAACAAGGCCGAAACAGCAGCCAAACACGGAGAGGCCCAGGUCAAGAUCUGGAGGCGCUCUUUUGAUACUCCUCCCCCACCCAUGGAUGAGGGGCAUGACUUCUAUCAGACCAUCAGCAAGGAUCGACGUUAUGCUGACCUGACUGAUGACCAGCUGCCCAGCUGUGAGAGUCUGAAGGAUACCAUCGCCAGAGCGCUGCCCUUCUGGGAGGAGGAGAUCGUCCCAAAGAUCAAAGAGGGGAAAAGGGUGCUGAUUGCCGCCCAUGGCAACAGUCUCCGGGGCAUCGUCAAGCAUCUUGAGGGUAUGUCAGAGGAGGCCAUCAUGGAGCUGAACCUGCCCACUGGUAUCCCCAUUGUGUACGAGCUGGACAAGAACCUGAAGCCUGUAGGAUCCAUGCAGUUCCUGGGAGAUGAGGAGACCGUCAAGAAGGCCAUGGAGGCUGUUGCUGCUCAGGGCAAAGUCAAGAAAUAGACCUCCGGAAUUGGCUAGAGUACGGAUCAAUCAUGUGCUGUUCAGUUGUCAAGUUAUUACAAGGUCAUCUACUGUUACUGUCAUCACGAGUGACGCACACACAGACACACACGUGCACUUUAUUUUGAUGGUAACCAGCUUUCACACAAACAUACAAUCAAGAGCUUGAUUUGAUGGGUCUUUACUUUGUGACAUAGAGUUAAGCACUGAUCAAAAUGCAAAAUUAGGGACCAGCGAGUAGGAGCAGACACACAGUAGACUAACCCAGCAGAGUCAUUCCAAGUAUUCCUUAUUAUUUACGAUCCAUGUAGAUGAAGCUCAGAGGGAACAGUAUAACCUGUAAAGUAACACUGGCUGUUGUUUAAAGGGCAAGCUGAUGUGCUCUGCAUUGCUGAUUUUUGUUUGCUGUGGCAUUGUGAGAAAAAUAAUAAAUGUUAUGAACCAUUA